ACUGUCUGGGUUGUUAAUAUUAUCAUUAUCGCAUAUCUUUGGAAAAGUCCCGUCAUUGUUGUUGUUAAUAAAUAGUGACAUCGCAAAUUUGGGUUAAAAAAUGGAAGAGAUUGGAAUUAUUCUACCUGAAAAAGAGGAUAGCAGCCUCGAUGCGAAAGCUACAUUGCCUGCACCUCUCGUAUCUGGAGUGGAAGACACGGACACCGAAGACUUGUACACCAAGUAUAAGAAGCUGCAGCGGCAGCUGGAGUUCCUGGCCGUGCAGGAAGAGUACAUCAAGGACGAGCAGCGCAACCUCAAGAAGGAGUACCUGCACGCCCAGGAGGAGGUGAAGCGCAUCCAGAGCGUGCCGCUGGUCAUCGGCCAGUUCCUGGAGGCCGUGGACCAGAACACUGGCAUCGUGGGCAGCACCACAGGCUCCAACUACUACGUGCGCAUCCUGUCGACGCUGGACCGCGAGCUGCUGAAGGCGUCGGCGAGCGUGGCGCUGCACAAGCACAGCAACGCGCUGGUGGACGUGCUGCCGCCCGAGGCCGACUCCUCCAUCUCCAUGCUGCAGGCCGACGAGAAGCCCGACGUGAUGUACUCGGACAUCGGGGGCAUGGACAUGCAGAAGCAGGAGAUCAGGGAGGCGGUGGAGCUGCCGCUCACGCACUUCGAGCUGUACAAGCAGAUAGGCAUCGACCCGCCCCGCGGCGUGCUCAUGUACGGGCCGCCGGGCUGCGGCAAGACCAUGCUGGCCAAGGCGGUCGCCCACCACACCACCGCGGCGUUCAUCCGCGUGGUGGGGUCGGAGUUCGUGCAGAAGUACCUGGGCGAGGGCCCGCGCAUGGUGCGCGACGUGUUCCGGCUCGCCAAGGAGAACUCCCCCGCCAUCAUCUUCAUAGACGAGAUCGACGCCAUCGCCACGAAGCGCUUCGACGCGCAGACGGGGGCAGACCGCGAGGUGCAGCGCAUUCUGCUAGAGCUGCUCAACCAGAUGGACGGCUUCGACCAGACCACCAACGUCAAGGUGAUCAUGGCGACCAACCGGGCGGACACGCUGGACCCGGCGCUGCUGCGGCCCGGCCGGCUGGACCGCAAGAUAGAGUUCCCGCUGCCGGACCGGCGCCAGAAGAGGCUCAUCUUCUCCACCAUCACCUCCAGGAUGAACCUGAGCGAGGAGGUGGACCUGGAGGACUACGUGGCGCGGCCCGACCGCAUCUCGGGCGCCGACAUCAACGCCAUCUGCCAGGAGGCCGGCAUGCACGCGGUGCGCGAGAACCGCUACAUCGUGCUGGGCAAGGACUUCGAGAAGGGCUACAAGAACAACAUCAAGAAGAACGAGUCGGAGCAUGAGUUCUACAAGUAGCCUUGUCGUCGUCCGUCGUCGGCGAUCGCCGUUCUGUACAUAUUUGUAGGAGGCAGUUGUGUUUGAUGCGUGGCUAAUAAACUAAAAAAAAAAAAUUAAUUGUGCUGUUGAAAUGAGCAAUCGCAUAACACUUUGUAGACUAGCAAACUAUGUACUAGUGGUUAUGUGUACGACUGACAUUUUUCACUAUUUUUAAAAUAUAAUUUUGAAAAUUUUUAGUAAGUUUAUUUUUAUUCCUGUGUAUUAUUAGUAUGUUUCAUGGUAAAAAUGCUCUAAUAUGUUCUUUUCAGUCAGAAUGUAACCUUUUUUUUUUCAGUCCAAUUUCAGUUUUAAAGAAAUUUUGGUGUUUUUUUUAUUUUCAUAAAUCCUGUUUUGUAAUACUUAACACCACCAGAAUACUGUAACAUUAAUAUGCUGCGUUUCUGCGAUAAAAUAAUUUGUUAUAAAUUGGUCUAAAAUAUAUUCAUUUAAAAAACAAAAAUAAAUUGGCAAGCAUUUUGGGGUUUAAAAGUGGUUCAGUAUGCACACCUGCCAACUUUUAUGGUUUUCCCGUGAUUUGCACGGAAAAUAACCUACAUUACAGUUGUACGGAAAUUCCGAAUAUCUUAACGCUUUUCAGCCUUUUUUUCUCUGCAGUGGAAAUGUUUUUAUCAUUUGCGUUCAGUUUCUGUUACAAUAUGGUAGCACAUCUUGUAUUUUGUUACGUGAACUAAGUUGAGCUAACCAACAGUAUGGUUCUUUCCCCCCCCCCCCCCCCCCCCCCCCCUCCUAUUUUUUUUUUCCCGUUUAAUAACCUAAAGGUUAACUUAAUCAUCUGACAUCUUGCUCUGUGGCGGAAAUGGCUCGUGUUGUGAGGUUGUAUUUUUCUGUACUUCUUUGGAAGUUUAAUGCUUUUAUAUGGAGGUAGUUAGUAUUCAGUGAGCUUGCUUGUGCUGUCAUAAUAUUUAACGAACACUAAAAAACAGUAUAGGCAUGUGUUUAGAUCUGCAAAAUUGGAACUGUUUCCGUGUAUCGGAGUAAAAAAGGCUCUAACUAUGCGUGUUGCAGCGUGUGCCGUUAUGGUUUAAAUGUUUCUCAUGGUAGUAAAAAUGAUGUUUCUGAUCACUUGAAGUGUUUGAAACACGUUGGUAAUGUGAAAUCUGCCAAGGAAAGGAAAAAAAAAAAAAAAAACGGUUUCUUUUUGACGAGCCAUACCAGUACCACAGGUGUGAUUCAAGUGGAAUGCUAUUUCACCGGUUAUUCAGCAGAUCACGCUGGAAAUUUGUUCCGGAAAAUGUUCCUGGCUUCAGACAGUAGAAAAGUAUAUUUGCGGCGCACAAAAACUUCUGCUAUAUGUAUUCAAACAAACGGCAUUGGUAACUGGAUCUGUAACGAUUAACAACAUUUUGCAGAUAUGCCGAUACAGCUGUUGUUGAUUCACAGUUUCUGAACCGAUACAGGAAAAACAUAUUUUGGUUAAAACCUUUUUAUAAAUUUACCAAAUUACCCACAAUAUCUCAUUAUAAGAAAAGCAAUGAAAAUUCAUGUGUGUUUUAGUUUUGCGAAAACAAAAGUUAAAAAGAAAGGUAACCUAAGAUGAACUAAAAAGAAUUUUUUUUUUAAACCAGCAGGUGAUUUUAUUCGUAAGACCUCUGUCUAUUGAAACAAAUUUUUAUCGCCAUAAAAUAUUCUUCAGCUUUAUUGUAAUAGGUAACAUCACCAAUUUUAUUGCAACAGGCUACGUAAAAUGGACUUUGUGCCUUCCAUGUGUUAAGUACAACUUUAGUACAACUUUGUGUUUAUACUUACAUUGGCAAUUAGAAGUUUAUGUGCCCUUAAUUACUGAUUUAUUAGGAAAAAUUACUCUAUGAAAGAAAUACAGAUUCACUAAAUAAUUGUCAAAUGUUUUAGUAUGAAACCACUAAAUGAUUAUAGAAAAUAUGUAUUUCAACAGUGUCAUAUUAAAAUUGUUACUGGGCUUAUGUAUGUAUGGCAUGCACAUUAUCUUAGUGCUUUUUUUAAAUUGGUAUUUCCGUUGAAACCAUAUAAACGUUGGAUAAUCCGCCAAAAUAACUUUCUUAUCCAGAACAGCUGUGUCCUGAACAUUCUCAAGAGCCAUCACUGAAGUAUGUAUGUAUCUGUAUUAAAUAUAAAUAAAUAAUAUCUGAUUCAA